UCAUCAGGCGUGACCAAAAGUCAUGGACGAGCAAACAUGCCGCACUGUUUGUUCUCUCGCUCGGUCAAAUGGGACAUGAAAGCAGCGAGAUUAUAUUUCAAGAGCUGGUCAGAAACUGGACACCCUACACAGGAAAGUCAAGCAGACAGAACAUCAAGCUCCGGUUUAUCUGUGGAACUGGAGACAAAAUCUGGACUUAAAGUGGACCCAGUAGAGUGAGCGAGUGCCGGUGAACUCCUCUGACCCAGUGUCAAAAUGGCCUCAAGACAGGAGGACAUACCAGCUCUAGAACCUGGAUCGUCUUCCGGCCUCUUCGGUGCGCUGUCAUUGCCCAUUGGACUGCCUCGCCACAAUAUGUGUCACGACGAACAAAUGGAUAUCCCGAUACAUUCACCGCCUGAAGACUUUGGAGCUAACAUAUUAUGGACAGACCCCAUCAUCCCAAAGCACAGGUUUAGGAAGACUGCAGAGGUGCAUUCCAGUUUUGUUCGUGCUUCUUCAUGCAUACAAUGUUUUGGGUGUGCCUGUAUUACAGAAAAUGUGACAAGUGGACAGAUGAUGACGGCCGAAAGAUUGGAGCCAACUAGGUCUCCUGUUCCCGUUUUGAAAUCCAAAGCCAGCUCUUUCAUGAGCUCUCUUGCCAUAAAGCAGACCCAAGAGAAUCUCCAAACUUUUGAGCACCGGGCAGGGCUGACUGAUACUGGUUAUACACCACAUAAGGGCCUCUCUGCUGAGGAGACUCGCUUUCACCGUCUGGCUGAUGGAACACAAUCUAAGCUGAGAAUGACAAUAGGGGACUUCAAGGACGACAGGCUAACAACAUCAGCACAAUCCACCCCAAGUGGCACCCCCUGCGUCACUCCCUCGGUCACCCCCUCUGUUACACCGACUGUCACCCCCUGUGUCAGUCCCCUUGCGUCACCUGCUGUUGUUCGCAGGAGCUGGUUCCAGCGGAAUACUGUGCCCUUUCUCACAGCGGGAGAGUCGAGUAGUGUUAGCCCCACAGCAGACAUGGGUGGAAACCAGGGAGGAGAGGACAGAUGGAGCUUCUUUGGAACUCGCUCUGUGGUACAGAAGUCCCCCACUCACCCAGGCUCUGAACCCAACACAGGCUUUUCCCUUCAGUCGUACUUUGGCCUGCAGAAGUCCUCUACCAUUGCAGGCACUGGUGGUCAGGACAGCCUCAGGGUUGGAGACACUGCCAGCUUCAUGCCCCCAAAGAUUGAAAUUUCAGGCGUAGACCCCAAGCAAGUGCCAACACGGCCACAUAAACUCAAACCCCGAGACAUGAAUGUCUUAACACCUUCGAGCUUUUGACCAGACGCACUAUGGUUACAUCUGCCCCCUUCAUGUGCUUCCCUGCCUUCCUUCGUCCCCUUGGCAGACCACCCACCCUGACGUAGUAUCAGUUGACCCUCAAAGUAUAAAAUAUGACUGCACUGUUACUACUUUUAGUGGACUGCAAUCUUCCUCUGUACUCCUCUUUCUUCCGAUUUAUAGGUCCAAAUAUGAGGGGUAAUGUGCAUCAACAUGUCAAGUUUCCAUUUUCAGUCACGGCAUGAGAUCGAUGUUGUCAAAGCUUUUUUUUUUUUUUCCCUUAGAAAUAGCACAGACUUUCAUGGUAAAAUUGUAAUUUUUGGGAGGGGGCAUCACAGAUUUGCGGUAGUUUUGUGCCUAAACCUGCAGCAGUGUUUUUGUUCAGUAAAUAUUUGGCUUUGCUUUUUUUCAUAUUGAGUUUAACUGCUGACCUAAACAAACAUUUAUAUUUAAGAUCACUUUUUCAUGUUGUCUAUUCACAAUUCCCAUAGUUCACAUUCUGGAUAUAUUGUGUAUGUUUUUAACUUUUUGGUACAAAUGCAAUAUAACUCAAUAGUUACAAAGCAUUGCAGUGGUUGUUUUGGUUCCAGUUUUGUAUUUUGUUUGUCAACAGGUUUGUCCUUAAAGUUGUAUUUUGAAAAUAUUGACUCGCAUACUUUAUGUAAUUGCACAAGAGAGAUUGUAACUCCCACUCGCACGUGUAAAUAAAUCAACAUAGAAAAUGCAA